UGUGCAGCAGUGAUGAGCAGCAGAAGCCGCAGGUCCUGUACAAAAGGACGAUUUUCCAAAGUGACUCUCCAGAAGCCUGGAUGGACAAGAGACGAGGGUCAGAGGUCACAGGUGGAGUGUCAUCGCCGCUGGCAGCAGAUAAAGAAUCCAGAGCUGGUGAAAGGUCGCUGGACUCAGGAUGAGGAUGAGAAGGUCAUGGCGCUGGUGCACAAGUACGGCGUGAAGCACUGGUCGCUCAUCGCCAAACACCUGCACAGCCGUAACGGGAAGCAGUGCCGCGAGCGCUGGUACAACCACCUGGACCCCACGGUGAAGAAGUGUGGCUGGACGCUGGAGGAGGACCUCCUCAUCUUCCAGGCCCACAGGCGGCUGGGGAACCGCUGGGCCCACAUCUCCAAGCUGCUGCCCGGCAGGACAGAUAACUCCAUCAAGAACCACUGGAACUCCACCCUGAAGAGGAAGGUGGAGAAGGAGGGAUACCCGCACAUCCACACCUCCUCCAGCUCCUCCUCCACCAGACCAGCAUCCAGGACCAACAUCCCCACCAAGGCAGACAGUCUGUCCAGUGUCAGCGACGAGUCCAGCUGCAGCUGCAGCCGUCGGAGUGUGAGCGAGCUAAACAACAACCAUGCCCUCCUGUGCUCCACCUGUGUCCCCGCCUCCUCCUCAGGUUGCAGCUCCUCACUGAGCAUGUGCGAGCUGACGGUGCCUGCGGAGCUGAUGGAGAAUGCAGAGUCCUGGAGUUGUGGACCACAGGAAGUGACCUCAUCACGCCACAAAGAGGAUGCCGGCCUGUCAGUCCUCGAUCUGAGCAGGAGUUAUGUUGCAGGACUGAAGAGUGAGGACGGAGCCUCCUUCAUGGACUCCACCUCCUGCUGGAGCCUAGGCAGCACCGUCUUGUUCUCCCCCUCUGAGCUCUUCAGCCUUUGUUAUGUAGACGAUGUGAAGUCACAGCGUCCGGCUCUCACCUCCACCCCUGUCUGCUCCCGCAAACACUCCACCAGCACCGACCAGGAGGACUCCUGUCUGCACUGCAGCCUCACCAGCCAGAUCAGAGCAUUGUUGAUGUCUGCUCCUCAAACACAGACGCCACUGAGGAGCCAGACGGAGGUGUCAGUUUGUUCAGACAGGAUGAUGAACCAGACGUGGGAGGAGCCAAGUGUCAGUCCGGACAGUCAGCAGUCCAGCAGCUCUGAGGUCCAGGGAGAGUCCAGCUCCAUCCAGCAGGUCCAUAUAGAGUCCAGCUCCGCCCAGCAGGUCCAGGGAGAGUCCAGCUCCACCCAGCAGGUCCAUAUAGAGUCCAGCUCCGCCCAGCAGGUCCAGACAGAGUCCAGCUCUACCCAGCAGGUCCAGGGCAUGUCCAGCUCCAUCCAGCAAGUCCAGGGAGAGUCCAGCUCCAUCCAGCAGGUCCAGAUAGAGUCCAGCUCACUCCAACAGGUCCAGAUAGAGUCCAGCUCAGCCCAGCAGGUCCAGGGAGAGUCCAGCUCCAUCCAGCAAGUCCAGGGAGAGUCCAGCUCCACCCAGCAGGUCCAGGGAGAGUCAAUCUCCAUCCAGCAGGUCCAUGCAGGGUUCAGCUCCGUCCAACAGCAGGUCCAGGGAGAGUCCAGCUCCAUCCAGCAGGUCCAGGGAGAGUCCAGCUCCGUCCAGCAGGUCCAGGGAGAGUCAAGCUCCAUCCAGCAGGUCCAGGGAGAGUCCAGCUCCACCCAGCAGGUCCAGGGAGAGUCUAACUCCGUCCAGCAGCAGGUCCAGAUAGAGUCCAGCUCCCUCCAGCAGGUCCAGGGAGAGUCCAGCUCCACCCAGCAGGUCCAGGGAGAGUCCAGCUCCAUCCAGCAGGUCCAGGGAGAGUCCAGCUCCCUCCAGCAGGUCCAGGGAGAGUCCAACUCCCUCCAGCAGGUCCAGGGAGAGUCCAGCUCCCUCCAGCAGGUCCAGGGAGAGUCCAACUCCCUCCAGCAGGUCCAGGGAGAGUUCAGCUCCGUCCCUGGCUGUGAGGAGUUCGGCUGCCUCCUGCGUGAUGGGCCGACAGAGUGGUUGUGUCAGCAGCCUGUCGGUUUCCUGCACUCUCCAGAAUGUCCUGCAUACAUCCUGAACUCCUUCAAGCUGAACGACGAGCUGCAGCUUGUGAUGUUUGGGAUGACGGAGGACCAGAUGAGUAUGACGGAGCAGGCCCGCCGCCUCAUGGAGCCCUGAUCAUCACCAACCAUCAGGUUUCACCUUCAUCAGCUGAGACAGUAACCUGCUGCUGUGACUUCAUAUUAUUAUUAUUAUUUUGAUUAAUAUAAAUGAUCUCUUCAUUCUGCUGAGUCAGCAUUUUGAUUCGUGUUAGUUUUAAUGUUCACUGUAAUUAGUCGGUUCAUCUGAUGUUUUAUUGAUUUAUUGAGCAGUUAAUAUUUUAAUGCUUUUAUUUUAAUACUUUUAUUGAAACUGUAUUUUAACAAAAACAGGAAAAAGAUUUUUUUAUCAACUGAAACAAACUUUUAAAACAUUUUAAUGAUCUCUUGAUUCUGCUGAGUCAGCAUUUUAAUUCUUAUUAGUUUUAAUGUUCACUGCAGUCUCAUCAGUUCAGCUGAUGUUUUAUUGAUUAAUUCAGCAGUUUACAUUUUCUUGAUAUUAUUGUAAUACUUUUAUUGAAACUGUAUUUUAACAAAAACAGGAAAAAGAUUUGUAUCAACUGAAACAAACUUUUUUAACAAUUUCUGGUAAUUCAGAAUUAUUUAGUUUUUUAUUCUACAUUUUUAAAUGUUUGUAUGAAUAUGUAUUAACUUAUUAUAUUUAUAUAUUUGUCAUUAAAUCUGUCGGCUUGAUUUCCUCAUAAACACAGACACUUUAUAUUUAAAACUAAAUGUUGCACUUUGGAUGGAAACUGUGAAAAGAUAGCAGCGUGUGACUGAAUAUUAACUGUAAUUUAUUAUUUUUUGUUUGAAUUCAAUCUUACAGUGAAUGUUUGGUGCUAAACACAGUCAGUAUUUAUUGAAACUGUUUUGCACAAAAAAAGAAACUUGAAUUGUAUCAACUUUGUUUGAAACACUUUGAUAAACUGAGAAAUGUGAAUUAAAUCAUUGAA